AUGGCGGUCGCGCCGAGCGCGCCCGCCAUGGCCUACCAGUGCUCCAAGUGCCCCAAACGGUUCGCCUCCCAGAGCAACCUGCGGCGCCACUUCGUGAACCUGCACGGCCAGGACCGCGGACCCUUCUACUGCCCCUUCUGCGGACUGUUCGGCGACUCGCUGCGCCUGAUGGUGGACACGGGCGAGGGGCUGGUGUGCCCCGUCUGCCAGAAGUCGUUCACGCGCCGCGACAACCUCAAGAGCCACUUCUCCAACCUGCACGGCGAGCACCGGGGCCCGUUCCGCUGCAGCUUCUGCUUCAAGGUGACCAAGAACAAGAUGAGCCUCCGCGCGCACAUGAAGAACUACCACCCGAACCAGCUGCAGCGACGCAAGAGCUCCUCCAACAGCGGCGAGCGCGGCGAGCGCGGCGACACGCUCAAGCUGGACGAGAGCCCCUCGCCCUUGGUGACGCUGGGCUCGCUGGGCCUGGGCGCCCCGCUGCCGCUGUCCUCGCCCGCCUCCCCGGCACUGCCAUGA